AUGGCCAUUACAAUCACAGGUGCUGAGACGAGGGAUGUGCGGUUUCCGACAUCCCUUGACAAGACUGGUUCCGAUGCUAUGAACGCAGCGGGAGACUACUCUUCAGCUUACUGUAUCCUACACACAGACUCUGAGUUCAAGGGUCAUGGUAUGACCUUCACAAUUGGCCGCGGUAACGAGAUUGUAUGCACCGCCAUCGCCUACCUUGCCGACCGCAUCAAGGGCCACACACUCGACUCACUAGUUGCCAACUGGGGAAAGACAUGGCGCCACUUGGUAAACGACUCUCAACUCCGGUGGAUUGGACCCGAAAAGGGUGUCAUCCACCUCGCUCUCGGUGCCGUCGUAAACGCCAUCUGGGAUCUCUGGGCCAAAUCGCUCGGCCAACCUGUAUGGCGCAUCGUUGCAGACAUGACACCCCAGCAAAUAGUCGACUUGAUCGAUUUCCGCUACAUCACCGAUGCCAUUACCCCCGAGGAGGCGCUGGAGAUCUUGACCAAAGCCGAAGCCGGUAAGAAAGAGCGACUCCAAGAAGCCCUUGAUAGCCGCGCUGUCCCCGCAUACACUACUUCUGCGGGAUGGCUCGGUUACGGUGAAGACAAGAUGCGUGGUCUUCUGAAGGAGACACUGUCAAAGGGCUACAAGCACUUCAAGCUCAAGGUCGGCAGCGAUAUUGCGCAAGAUAAGCAGCGUCUAAGCAUCGCACGAGAGAUCAUUGGUUUCGACAAGGGUAAUGUGCUCAUGGUAGAUGCGAACCAAGUCUGGAGUGUACCGGAGGCGAUUGAGUACAUGAAGGCGUUGAAGGAGUUCAAGCCGUGGUUUAUCGAGGAGCCCACCAGCCCUGAUGACGUCCUCGGCCACAAAGCGAUUCGCGAAGCCCUAAAGCCAUACAACAUCGGCGUCGCAACAGGAGAAAUGUGCCAAAACCGCGUCAUGUUCAAGCAAUUCCUCGCCUCAGGCGCCAUCGACAUUUGCCAAAUCGACGCCUGCCGUCUCGGUGGUGUCAACGAAGUCAUUGCCGUGCUCCUCAUGGCCGCCAAGUUCAACAUCCCCAUCGUACCGCACUCGGGUGGUGUCGGUCUACCAGAGUACACACAGCAUCUUUCCACCAUCGACUACGUUGUUGUGUCGGGGAAGAAGUCGGUGUUGGAGUACGUUGACCAUCUGCAUGAGCACUUUUUCCACCCGUCCAGGAUUGAGAACGGCUACUAUGUUACUCCUAUGGAUCCUGGUUACUCGGUUGAGAUGAAGCCUGAGAGUAUGGAUCGGUUUAGCUUCCCUGGUGGUAAGGAUGGGUGGUGGCAGAGUGAGGAGGCGAAGCCGAUUUUGGAGGGUAUUAAGAUCUAA